AUGGAUCAGGAACUGACCGGCGCCCGAAUGCCUUUUGACAUGAGGCUUCAUGUCCCGCCCAUGGCACAAGCCUGCUACGCUGCAGACCACUAUCAUGCAAUGAAGAGACUAGUAGCUGAGGGAUACAUAACGAUAAAGCCAAACGCAAAGCUCAGGCUGGGACCACGUGGGCUUUGGGAAGCUGAGGGGCAAUCUCCUCUCGCAGAAACAACAUCGCGAGAGGAAAGUCCGCUUGAGUCAUACAUCUCUGCAGAAACCGUCAAGCCUAGAACGUUACUUGGGUCCAAUCACUCGCAUGGCGACCGGGUAUGUGGCCGGAGUUGGGAAGGCCAAGUUCACAUUCUCAUCCUAAUGAGCCAGAUGAACGGGAUACUUGCAACAGAGCAUUACAACGCUCACCCGGCGUGGACUAGAUUACAAGAAAAUCCAAGCCGUAUCGAUUGGACCGCAAAGGCUCUCAAGUUAGCCAUAAUGCAAGCAAACAAGGAAGAACUCGAAGACUGGGACGCUUUCAACGUGACUCGUGCAUAUUUCACAGACAGCAGCCCCGAAUUUGGACACGUAGCGUCCGUGGAUGCUCUCGUGGAAGCAUUUUGUCACUUCUGUGGCCACCCUACGUCCGGGCCUUUCUUUCCAGGAGGGACCCUCGGAGAUAAAGAUAUGGAAGCUCAAAGAGUGAAAGCACUGAAGCAAGUUGCACAGACGAAAGAUCCAUCAAACGCAGCCGCAAUAAUGCACUACAUCACGUUGGUACGGAUUGCCAGGGACUCUCGCCAAGUAGGACCAGACAUUUUCCCUGCCAUGGAAGACCUUUAUGACCACCUGGCUGCAAUGAUUCACAAGAGGAGGCUAGGGGAUCGUAUGAUGGAACUUACUCGCCGCUGA